GGAACCCUGUUCUAGUUUAUAAUCUUUCAUGCUAAAUCCACCCCCCCCAAAAAAACCCAAAAAUUAUGUAGCACCAAGAUUCAUAAUUUGUAAGGAUUGUGUGUUUGUCUAGGACUAAUGUUACCUUUUGGGUAGGAUGAGAAAUUGGUACAAGAGGAUAAAAUAAUUCAGGCAGAUUGACUUAGGCUCACAUCAGCCGCAUCUCAGAAUUACUUUCUGAAAAUUGCAUUAGGCUUCUGACAUGCUGCAUAUUCUCACGGUAUUCUGCUAAGUGGGCUAAUUUGAAAAUGCUCUACGUUUUGCAGAAGAAGGGGCUAAAGGAGAAAGAACUAGUGGGACCAGAACUGGCAGAGGAACCAAAAGAAAGGAGAUUGGAGCAGUUGAACCUCAGUCUACAUCCGAGAGACCAAGAUAAGGAAGAUCACGAAAGAUCAACAGAGUCCCAUUCGUUGGGAUGGAGGAGCGUUGGGAAACGCAGUGGCAGCAAUUCCUCAGAACGCUGCAACCCUCUCACCCCAGAGGAGGGAACCCAGGAAGAUCAGUGAAUUCUCCCUGGGAAGACCCCAAGGCCUUCCUGGCCUCCUUUGAGCAGGUGGCCCAAGCCUGCCGGUGGCCCAGAGGAGAGUGGGUGGCCCAUCUCCUGCCGGCCCUUUGCGGAGAAGCGGAAACGGCCUUUCGGAGCCUGGACACAGUUCAUCAAGGGGACUAUGAGAAUGUGAAGGUGGCCAUCUUGAGGGGAGAAGCUGUGAAAAUGGAGGUGCAGCGUCAACGUUUCCGGCAGUUCUGCUGCCAGGAGGUGGAAGAUCCUUGGAAGUUUUACAGGCAAAUCCAGGAGCUUUGCCACCAGUGGCUGAAGCCGGAGAGACACACCAAGGAGCAGAUCCUGGAGCUGCUGAUCCUGGAGCAAUUCCUGGCCAGCCUUCCUCCAAAACUCCAGAGCUGGGUUCAACCAAGGAGGCCGGACACCUGUUCUCAGGCGGUGGCCCUGGUGGAGGACUUCCUGAGGAACCAGCAGGGGACCAAGUCAGAAGCAUCUCAGGGGCCACCAAAUGAAGAACUCACCGAUUUUGAACAGGCAGAGGAGGAGUCCUUAGAGGCUGUGAAGAGAGAAGAUGUUGAAGUGGAGAUCAGAGUGCCAGGCAAUGGAACCAAAUCCCCAAAUCACACCAGCUCGUUACUUCCUCUUGAAGGACCUGGAAUGGUCCAAGCUGGGCUGAAAGAGGAACUUAUGGACCUCAAAGAAACAGACGUGCAUUUGCAGGCAGCCAAGCGGAGGCUGACCCACACAGCCCACCAGAACAUAGCCUGGCAAGUCCUGCAGGAAGAGCGUCGAAACAUAGGUUGUUUAAAUAAGGAGGGUAACAGAAGGGAGAAUAGGGUUAAAGUGGAGAAUUUUCAGGGUGGAGGAGAUGACCCAGAGGAGAUAUGCAGGCGAGAUCCCUUGAUAAGCCCUGGGAAUCUGCCAUUAAAAGCUGAACUGGAAGAAGAACGCUGUGAAUCCAACCAGGAGCAACGGAAGUCACCACUGGAGAAUGAGAAUACACAGAACAUGCUUGAAAAGGAUCUUACUGCUGCUAUUAUGGAAAAGACCAACAAGGGUAAAAUGUCCAUGUUCUCCCAGUAUGACGGAAGAUACCACUACAGAGUGGAACUGAAUGCGAUACCUUCUACAGAGAAGUUGGAGCAAUGUCCUCAAAGGUUUGAGGACCGAUACCAGCACACUUCAAACAUGAAUCAAGAGGAGAAGCACACCAUUACUGAGAAAAGGUUUGAAAUCUCUGAGAAUGGGACAGGGAAUAACUUGAACACUUAUCUGAGUAAACAUCUUGGAGAAACACACAGUAAUUCUCCUGAAUAUGGGAAACCCUUUACUAACACAAACUCACUAAGCAGAUUUCCGGUGUGUAAUCCUGAAGAGGAAUGGUAUGAAUGUUCUCACUGUGGGAAGGGCUUCAACAAGGCAAAAUACUGGAAGCAACAUCAGAAAAUUCACACCGGGGAGAAACCGUACAAAUGUUCUCAGUGUGGGAAAUGCUUCAGUCACACCAACUGUUUGAAGAUGCAUCAGAGGAUUNAUACUGGUGAGACCUACAAAUGUUCUCAGUGUGGGAAAUGCUUCAGUCACACCAACUGUUUGAAGAUGCAUCAGAGGAUUCAUACUGGUGAGACCUACAAAUGUUCUCAGUGUGGGAAAUGCUUCAGAGAGACAGGAAUUCUGAAAAGACAUCUAAGAACUCAUACUGGAGAAAGACCAUACACAUGUUCUCAAUGUGGAAAAUGUUUCAGCCUGGCAGGUAUCCUGAAGAGGCAUCAAAGAACUCAUACUGGAGAAAGACCCUACAAAUGUUCUCAGUGUGGGAAAGGUUUCAAUCGGUUGGGAACUUUGAAGAAGCAUCAGCGAAUUCACACAGGAGAGAAACCUUACAAAUGUUCUCACUGUCAGAAAUGCUUCAAUGAGAGAGGAAAUUUGAAAAGACAUCAAAGAAUCCAUGCUAGAGAGAACCUUAAUAUCAUACAAGAAUUCAUACUAGAAAGUGACCAUAUAAAUGUUAUCAAUGUGGGGAAGACGUCUACAGGGCAAGAAUUCUGAAGAAACAUAAAAAAAAACUACUUGUGGGACACCUUACAGAUGUUCUCAAUAAGCAAUGUCUAGGAGAUGACAUGAAGAACCAUUAAAGAUCUCCACUUCCUUAUACUUGUAAGGAAAACCUCUUGGCAAUAGUCAUGAUGACUCAUUCCCUUUCAUUCCAGAGUGUAAAGUAGGAGAAUGAAGGUAAGAAGGAUAGAUUCCAGUUAAAUGCCAGGAAAUACUUCAAACCAUUCAUCCAUCAUAAGAACGCUUGAGAGGUUGGACCAGUUAUCCAGAGAGGUGCUGGACUCCCUUUCACAGGAGGUGUUCAAGCAGAGUCUGGAAAGACAUUUCUCAUGGGUGUUUUGAUAGGGAUUCCUGCACAUAAGUGGGUUUAGAUUUGAUGGCCAAAACGCUAUUCCUGACUCUUUGUUCUGUAUGAAAGUUCUCAUUGAGGUAAAGUCUUCAACCAGAUAGCAAUUCUGAAGAGCCAUCAGACAGUCCAGACUUAAGAGAGAUGAUACAAGUGUUCUCAGCCUGGGGGUGCACCCGCAUGGCACAAGGGCAAAAUUUCAAUAAGGGAAUCCGUAGCACCCCGUACGUGAAUGAGAAGAGUUUUAAGUGGAGGAUGCUAAUUUGAGAAUCCAUGCAGGAACAGCACAUUCCAAGGCCUAGGGUUUGGGAAUAAUGGAUUGGGGGGGGGGGAUCCAUACUGUAAUACUGAGAGAAAAAAAUCAAAUAAGAAUGACAUGUAGCAGCAUGGUUGCAACAGGAACUGUAGAGAAGUCUCUGUGGCCAGCAUUUUUCCAAAUGAACAGAAAUUAAAAACGUUUUGUUCCCCCA